ACUGAGGCUGGGUAGAGAGCGCUUGCGGGCGCCGGUCGGAGCUGCUGCGGAUCAGGACCCGAGCCGAUUCCCGAUCCCGACCCAGAUCCUAACCCGCGCCCCCGCCCCGCCGCCGCCAUGUACGACGCAGAGCGCGGCUGGAGCUUGUCCUUCGCGGGCUGCGGCUUCCUGGGCUUCUACCACGUCGGGGCGACCCGCUGCCUGAGCGAGCACGCCCCGCACCUCCUCCGCGACGCGCGCAUGUUGUUCGGCGCUUCGGCCGGGGCGUUGCACUGCGUCGGCGUCCUCUCCGGUAUCCCGCUGGAGCAGACUCUGCAGGUCCUCUCAGAUCUUGUGCGGAAGGCCAGGAGUCGGAACAUUGGCAUCUUCCAUCCAUCCUUCAACUUAAGCAAGUUCCUCCGACAGGGUCUCUGCAAAUGCCUCCCGGCCAAUGUCCACCAGCUCAUCUCCGGCAAAAUAUGCAUCUCGCUUACCAGAGUGUCUGAUUGGGAAAACGUUCUGGUGUCUGACUUUCGGUCCAAAGACGAAGUCGUGGAUGCCUUGAUAUGUUCCUGCUUCAUCCCUUUCUACAGUGGCCUUAUCCCUCCUUCCUUCAGAGGCGUGCGAUAUGUGGAUGGAGGAGUGAGUGACAACGUACCUUUCAUUGAUGCCAAAACAACCAUCAUCGUGUCCCCCUUCUAUGGGGAGUACGACAUCUGCCCUAAAGUCAAGUCCACGAACUUUCUUCACGUGGACAUCACCAAGCUCAGUCUACGCCUCUGCACAGGGAACCUCUACCUUCUCUCAAGAGCUUUUGUCCCCCCAGAUCUCAAGGUGCUGGGAGAGAUAUGCCUUCGAGGAUAUUUGGACGCAUUCAGGUUCUUGGAAGAGAAGGGCAUCUGCAACAGGCCCCAGCCGGGCCUGAAGUCAUCCUCAGAAGGGUUGGAUCCUGAGGUCGCCAUGCCCAGCUGGGCAAACAUGAGUCUGGAUUCUUCCCCGGAGUCGGCUGCCUUGGCUGUGAGGCUGGAGGGAGACGAGCUGCUAGACCACCUGCGUCUCAGCAUCCUGCCCUGGGAUGAGAGCAUCCUGGACACCCUCUCGCCCAGGCUCGCUACAGCACUGAGUGAAGAAAUGAAAGACAAAGGUGGAUACAUGAGCAAGAUUUGCAACUUGCUACCCAUUAGGAUAAUGUCUUAUGUAAUGCUGCCCUGUACCCUGCCUGUGGAAUCUGCCAUUGCGAUUGUCCAGAGACUGGUGACAUGGCUUCCAGAUAUGCCCGACGAUGUCCUGUGGUUGCAGUGGGUGACCUCACAGGUGUUCACUCGAGUGCUGAUGUGUCUGCUCCCCGCCUCCAGGUCCCAAAUGCCAGUGAGCAGCCAACAGGCCUCCCCAUGCACACCUGAGCAGGACUGGCCCUGCUGGACUCCCUGCUCCCCCGAGGGCUGUCCAGCAGAGACCAAAGCAGAGGCCGCCCCGCGGUCCAUCCUCAGGUCCAGCCUGAACUUCUUCUUGGGGAAUAAAGUACCUGCUGGUGCUGAGGGGCUCUCCACCUUUCCCAGUUUUUCACUAGGGAAGAGUCUGUGAGUCACUUGAGGAGGCGAGUCUAGCAGAUUCUUUCAGAGGUGCUAAAGUUUCCCAUCUUUGUGCAGCUACCUCCGCAUUGCUGUGUAGUGACCCCUGCCUGUGACGUGGAGGAUCCCAGCCUCUGAGCUGAGUUGGUUUUAUGAAAAGCUAGGAAGCAACCUUUCAUCUGUGCAGCGGUCCAGCACUUAAGUCUAAUACAUCAGCAUGCGUUAAUUCAGCUGGUUGGGAAAUGACACCAGGAAGCCCAGUGCAGAGGGUCCCUUACUGACUGUUUCGUGGCCCUAUUAAUGGUCAGACUGUUCCAGCAUGAGGUUCUUAGAAUGACCGGUGUUUGGAUGGGUGGGGGCCUUGUGAUGGGGGGUAGGCUGGCCCAUGUGUGAUCUUGUGGGGUGGAGGGAAGAGAAUAGCAUGAUCUCACUUCCCCAUGCUGUGGGAAGGGGUGCAGUUUGUCCCCAAGAACGACACUGCCUGUCAGGUGGCCUGCAAAGAUGAUAACCUUGACUACUAAAAACGUCUCCAUGGCGGGGGUAACAAGAUGAUAAUCUACUUAAUUUUAGAACACCUUUUUCACCUAACUAAAAUAAUGUUUAAAGAGUUUUGUAUAAAAGUGUAAGGAAGCGUUGUUACCUGUUGAAUUUUGUAUUAUGUGAAUCAGUGAGAUGUUAGUAGAAUAAGCCUUAAAAAAAAAAAAAAUCGGUUAGGUGCAGUGGCACACGGCUGUAAUCCCAGCACUUUGGGAGGCCAAGGUUGGUAGAUCACCUGAGGUCAGGAGUUCAAGACCAGUCUGGCCAACGUGGCAAAACCCUGUCUCUACUAAAAAUACAAAAAUUAUCUGGGCGUGGUGGUAUGUGCCUGUAAUCCCAGCUAUUCGGGAGGCUGAGGCAGGAGAAUCACUUGAACCCAGAAGGCGGAGGUUGCGGUGAGCUGAGAUUGCACCAUUUCAUUCCAGCCUGGGCAACAAGAGUGAAAGUCUGACUCAAAAAAAAAAAAAAAAAUUUAAAAAACACAAAAAUCUAGUGUGCAGGGCAUUCACCUCAGCCCCCCAGGCAGGAGCCAAGCACAGCAGGAGCUUCCGCCUCCUCUCCACUGGAGCACACAACUUGAACCUGGCUUAUUUUCUGCAGGGACCAGCCCCACAGGGUCGGUGAGUUUCUCCCCAUGUGCGGUGACGAGAGAGUGUAGAAAUAAAGAUACAAGACAAAGAGA